AUGAAUAAAGGAACUACAAAUUUUAGUAUAGAAGAGUUGAACUUUAAUAACACUGAAGAAUCUAAAAAAGAUGUAGCAAAUAGUGUAAAAAAUGAAAAUGCUUCAAUCGAUAUUAGUUCAUAUAAAGAUAAAGAAAUAAAAGAUGAACAGGAUACAACAACUGAAAAUAAUAUUUUAGUUGUAGGAGAUGAAAAUUUAUCAUUUUCUGAAUAUAUUAUUGAAGCAUAUCCAUCUUCAAAUAUUUAUAUAGCAAGUACAUUAACGGAGUUAGAGAUGAAUUUCAUGUUAAUAGAUUUAGAGAAAAAAAAAAAAAUAAAAUAUGAAUAUGAAUCUAUGAAAAAAGGAGAAAUAAAAAUAGAAAAAUUUCAUUUUUAUUAUACAAGAAAAUUUAAAGAAAAAUAUGCAAAUAAAAAUGUAUUUGUAAUAUAUAAAACAAAUUUAUUUUGUUUAAAAUGCUAUUUUCCAAAUAAUUUUUUUAAUACAGUUUUUUUAUUACUUCCAGGGUUAUGUUAUAAUAUUAGAGAAAAUGGAUUAAAAUAUAGUGAUAAAGUAACUACAUUGAGAAUUUAUUAUUUUUUAAUUUUACUGAUAAUCGAAAUUAUUAACGUCAGCAUAAAAAAUGCUGGUAUUCAUAUGUUGUGGACCAAUGAAAAAUUACAAAAUUUAAAUGAAGAUGAUAAUAAAGAUUCAGAGAAAAAGAAAAAUGAAAAUGAUGAAAUUAAGAAAGAAAGCAUACAUGAUACUAUUAAUGCUCUUAAAAAUUUAAUGUGUAAUAAUAAUAAUUUAAUGAAUGAAGAUAAUGAAAAAAAUGAUUUAAACGAAGAUAUUUAUACUAAAACAGAAGAGAAUGAAAAUGCAUUUGAUGAAAAAAAUUACAAUGAAAAUUUUAAUAUAAACAAAAAUGUAAUUAAAAAUGAUACUGAAAUAAGUGAAGAUGAAAAUAAUGAAAUAGAUGAAGAAAAAAAUAUUGAAAUAAAUGAAGAAAAUGAAAUAAAUGAAAAUAAUGAAAAUAAUGAAAAAAAUGUAGAUGUUAAUAAUGAAAUAAAUGGAGAUGAAAAUAACGAUAUUAAUGUAGUAAAUGAAGAUGAAAAUAAUGAUAUUAAUGAAGUAAAUGAAGAUGAUAAUAAUGAAGUAAACGAAAAUUAUAGUAAUAAUAUUAAUGAAAAUGAGAAAAUAUAUAAUGAAUGUCAUGAAGCAAAUUAUGAAAAUAAUGAAUAUAAUGUUGAUAGAAAUAUUGAUAACAAUACAGUAACAAGUGACAUAAAUGAGGAAAAAAAUGAAAUAAAUGAUAAUGAAACUUUUAAUAGAAAUAACAUAAAGGAAAGUAAUAUUUCUGAAAAAAAUUUUACAGUAGACCUAGAAAAUGAAGAAACAAAUAAUGUUUGUGAUUUAAAUGAAAACAAGGAAAAUGAAAAAAAUUUUGAAAAUGAAUAUGAAGAGGAAAAAGAAAAUAAUACAAAUUUAACAACCAAUAUAGAAAAUAAAGAAAAUGAAAUUUUUAGCUAUAAUGAAAUUCAAAGAAGUGGUGAUGUUGAUAACUCGAGUAUCUUAAAUAAAUGUGAAAAGUUGGAUGACAAAGGUGUGAAUAUUAAGUUGUCUAAUUACUCAAAUUUAAAUACAGAAGAGGAAGAAGAUGAGGAAGAGGAGGAGGAAGAUGACGAUGAAGACGAUGAUGAAGAUGAAGAUGAGGAAGAUGAAAAUGAAAAAACAAAUUGUUUUGAUAUAUUUGAAAUUGAUAGAUCUAAUUUAGAAGAUAUAGAUAAUGUAACUGGAAAAAGCGAAGAUACAGAAAAAUUAGAUGAAAGAGAAAACAUUAUUGAAUACAUUUACAAGAAUAAAAAAAAAAAAAAAAGUAUAAUAAAUAUGGUACACUUUCCUUUGCUAUAUGAAAUAAACAUCAAGAAGUUAAUGAAACUUUUUUAUUUUCAUUAUCAAGUUAAUAAUGAAGAAAAAUUAAAAUUAAAGUUAAAUUCAGUAGAUAUUACAAAAAAUUAUUUUCCUAUAAUUUAUGGAAAUCAAUUCAUUUUUAAUGAAUUUUUGAAAAAUUGUAAAUUUUUUUCAUUUAUAUUAAAAAGAAAAAAGUUAAUAAUACCUGAAGAUCUUGCAGUAUUACUUCCGAAAAUAUCAUGUGAAUAUCAAAUUGAAUCAUACAAUUUUUUAAAAAAAAAAUAUUACUCACUGUUUAAUGAAGAAGUAAAAUCAUACAAUUCUUUAAAAGAUCAAAUAAAUCAUAUAAAUAAUAUGAGACAUAAAUUAUAUUUACACAAUUUAAAAGUAAAAGAAAAAGCAACUAAAUCUAAACCAUAUAUUUCAUAUUAUCUUUUCCAACAAGAUAUGAAUGAAUUAAUGAAAGAAAAAUUGGCUUCAGAUAAAUUAACUUCAGAAAAAUUCACAUCAGAAAAAUUAUGGCAAGUUAUUUUUAAUCCACUUGAUUUUUUUCAUAUGAAUGAUGAUGUGAAUAAAUAUUUUGAAUACUAUAUUUAUCCAAAUAUCUCAAAAUUUCACAAAGCACUUGAAUGUAAUAAAUUAUGUUUUAAAUUUAAUAUUGGAAAGAAAGAAGAAAAUGAAAUUUGUAAAAAGUCCAAUAAAAAAAAAUAUAAAAAUAAUUAUUUUACAACAAAUGACAAUAAAAACAAGCCUCCUUUACUACCAACACCAACUAUUGAUAAUUAUAAAAAUAAUAAUAUGAAUAAAAAUACGAGUGUAUAUAAACAUAUUAAUAACACUCCACUAUCUAACUAUAAUAAAUUAUAUAGGAAUGAGAAAAUAAGGAGUAGUGUGAGUAAUAAUUUUGAAAACAAAAGAGAAGACAAAAAUCAAAAAUAUUCAAAAAAUGAAAAUCAAAGAUCUAGUAGAAAUACAAACACAAAUUUUCAUAAUUACAAUAACUCCAAUUAUCAUGAUAAGGUUUACAGUAAUAUAUCACAUAAUUAUACUUAUAAACCUUCUAGAAACAAUAUGCAUAAAACUAAUGAAAAUAGAAGCGAUAAUAAAAAUAUCAAACGUAGAAGAGAUGAUUCAUAUGAGAUCAGAAGAGAAGGUUAUUCCAAUAAAAGAUACGAAAAAAGAGGAAGAAAUGAUUACGACAUGAAAAUGAAAACAGAUGAUAGAACGGAAAGAAGUUCAAAAAAUCAUUCAGAAAUGCAAGAUCCAUAUGCAUCAACAAAAGAAUCAAAUAAAAUUUAUGACACCAAUAAUUCUAUGAAUACUUCAGAAAAACAAUCAUGGAAAUUACCACCACCACCUCCUAUAAUACCCCCAAUUUAUGAAAAUCAAUCUCAACAAAAAAUGAAUAAUUUCUAUAAUUUAGAUGAUUCCCAAAAGUAA